UGUCAGGAAGCAGGGGGAGCAGACCGGCCCUUUACAGCCAGGAUCUGCGCGCGGACGGACUGGACACCACACGGCCCAGCGGCGAUGACCAUGAGCUGCGCAGUCCCUAUACUGAGCCUGAUGAUAUGUGCCGUCCUCCUCCUUCCCGCCUCCAUGGACAUCACUAAGAUCUCUUCCCGCCUUCCCCAUCAAAUACUCCUGAACACGUCAUUACAGGUGACCAACCCCCCUGUGAGAAUGGACAUCCUGUCAGUCAGCUGGGAACACAAUGAGCGCCCCCUGGUGGAGUAUAAAGAUGGCAACCUGACAUUUCACAGCCCUUCGGCCAAGAUGUAUAUGGAUCAGAUCAUGGUGGGAAACAUUUCUCUGGUUUUGACGAAUCUUACCCUGAGCGAUGCUGGGAACUAUACGUGUGUGGUCCACUAUGGCGGUGUGCUGCAAACUGCUGUCUACGCCCUCAUUAUAGAAUGUAAGGACGCCCACCUUAUGUGCGGAAACGUCCACAGGAUCCGCCUCUUGAACUUGACUCCUCCUCCUACAGAGAAGACCGGUGUCACCUUGGUCAGAUCAACCAAAAAAAGGCCUGUCCUGAAUGUCCAUGGGGAGGCGUCUAUCACCGCCAACUUGGGAGAGAGUGUUACUCUACCCUGUGACUUUCAGGUGGACGGUGAAAUUGAAGUUUCGAGGGUGACCGUCCAUUGGUCAAAAGAUGGGAAGACCAAGUAUUUCGCCAACAAGACGUGCUGUGAUUUCCCAGAUGGUUUUGAGAUUACGGAACAGGAUCUCAAGCAUGGUAGUGCGCCUCUCCAGCUGAGUAAUGUCCAAGAGAAGGACGCCGGGGUGUAUACGUGCGCCAUAAAGUACGAGACCAUGGAGGGAAGUGCGGACACCAUAUUUAACAUCCAUGGAAUGAAAGGACGACCUGUCCCGCAGACGUUUCCAGUGGAUGAUUCCAUUGUCCCAGAAGCAGAGCCUCAAUACAGGACCCUGAAGUUUGGCCUGGUCACGGGGGUGGUGGCUGUCUUCGGGAUCGUUGCUGUAUCUUUGUUCAUCUGCUAUAAAGGUUGAAAUCUGAUCACAAGCUUCAUCCUGAUGAAGAGUGGACCGGUCAAUGUCACCCGCCUUAAGUCUAUUUGAUGUCUUUGAGACGUUCAUCAUCAUUCUCUAUCAGGAUUACGAGUAACAGCGCCACACCUGUGCAGUGCUUAGUAUUGCAGCUCUGCUCCAUUGAAGUGGAACUAAGUUGCAAUACCACAACUACCUGAAGUGACACUGUUCCUGAAAGAAACAGCUAUAUUUCCCCUAAAUCCUGGGCAACUCCUUUUAAUUUCUACAGGCGAAACCUGAGGCCGAAAGAAGACAACAGUCGUGGGACAGCAGGAGUGGCCAUGUUUCUGAUUUACGCCUUUAUUCAGUGACCCCUGAACUUGCUGCUGAUUUUCACAUUUAGUUUUAUGUUCUUUGCAUUAUAUAUAUUCUAAUUGCAGUUUAUAUCGAAUUAUAUCUCUGCCAUGUCAUGAUAAUCUUAAAGGGCCAGUGUCUGGUUUUUAUAUUGGUAAAAAUUAAUCACUGUAUAAUGGAAUGAUCUGCAACUUUUCUUACAGAUGUUGAUGGAGAUUUAUUAUUGUGAAAUCCACUCUUUUUUCCCUUUGCACCAAAUUUGUGUCUCACAUGCACCAGAAAAUCUGAAUAAAACCCACAGACCCUACAGUUUUGCAUUGGGGUUUGAGAAAAGGAAGGUAACGUGUCCUCUGUUAGAUUCACAAAACCUUUCGAUUUAUCAUUGAAAUUCUCAAAUCUUAAACAGCGCUAUAAAGCCUUCAGCUAAUGUUUAGUUUAUCUUCUAAAAUUACUGUUAUUUUGCUAUAUAAAUUGUUUAAGUGUAAUACUUUGCUAUAACAUGAAUGAAUCUAAUUUAUGUCACAAGCUACGUUAUCAUUUAGAGUUAAUUUUAUUUGACUUUGUAUUCCUAUAUAAAGCUAUCAUUCAAUAACUUUAUACAACAAAACUAUUUGAAGCCUACUGUUAUAUAUUUGAAAUACCAAUAAAAAUCUAGUUCAAAC